UCCAACAUCUACCCUUGGCCAAAAUCUCCUCUACUCUAGUGCCAUUCAAGGGUUCUUUCUGCAUGAACCUCUUGGAUACCAUAUUCAAGGAGCUACAUCUACCGGAGAUGAUUCAGGAUUCUGGCUUAGGAACCACUUAGGAGGACAUAAUCAACUCAAUGGGAGUGAGCCCAAGUAUAGAGCUGAGCUGAUGUGGCGGGGGGAGUUUUGGUGAGCCAAGUUACUGUAAGAUUCAAGAUCUCGAAUGGAUUCUUACUUCCUGGUCCUCUACACCCAAGGUCAAGAGUUAACUCUGUGGGAUUAAGCUUUGAAGGAUCAUGAUCCCUUUCAUCAGUGUAAGAGUGGAAGCUGUGGAGUCUUGAUAUAAAGGUCAUGAGGCAGCAGGACUGCCCACCACAUCCACCAGUCCUGCUUUUUUCCCCUCUGCACAGCUGAAGCUGGGCAGCCCAGGACAGAGCUAAAGACCCACUAUGGAUGCCACAAUCACUUUCUUGAUCUACAUUGGACUGUGUCUGCACUGGGAAGUGGAGGCACAGUUGGGUGAGUUGUCCCCAGCACUCUAUUUCCCUCCCCCAUCUCUUUGUUCUAAUAGUGAAGAGAGCCGUCCCCACAGUGAUUGGGAUUGGGGGAACAGGACAUCAGGAUGAGUGGGUGGAGUGACUCUGGAUGGGGACUCAGGAUGCAGAGCUGGGGGGAAAAGUACAACCAAAGCAAUCUUGGAAGUCCAGACUGUGUUUCCUCCUCAGACACCAUUUCCAGGCCUACCCUGUGGGCUGAACCAAGUCCCGUGGUUCCCAAGGGAGCAGAUGUGACUCUCAGGUGCCAGGGCCAAAGGGGAAGGAACAGAUUCCAGCUCUGGAAAGAUGGAGAGCUCCAAGAGGAGAGAAAUACAUCCUGGCAUCUGGCAGAAUUUGUGCUCAGGGAAGUAGAUGACUGGAGAGAUGCGAGAAGCUACAGGUGCCGCUCCGGGCAGGGACCCUUGUGGUCAGAGCUCAGUGAUCCCCUGGCCCUGGUGGUGAUGACAGGAGACUUCCCCAAACCUUCCAUUGCAGUCUCACCGAGCCCCUCAGUAUUAGCAUGGACAACAGUGACCAUCCAGUGUCAAAUAUCAUCCCAGCAAUCCUCUCCAGAUUACAAUUUUGCCCUGCUGGAGGCAAAAAGUCUGCAGGUCUUACAGUUACAGAGCCUUUCAAGGAGCCAACCUUAUUUCUCACUUCCAUUUGUGAGAGCCGAAGACACUGGGAGCUACGGAUGUAUUUACUACAGGAAGACACCCCCCUACAAAGGAUCACAUCCAAGCCACACCGUGAAGCUGACUGUGUCUGGACCACUUCCCAAGCCCACUCUGUGGGCCCAGCCGGGCCUUGUAGUGGCCCAAGGGACCAAUAUUACUCUCUGGUGCUCAAGGCCCAGUCUGGCUUCAUCUGAGGAGGUGACAUACACUCUGUUGAAGACGGGAACCUGGCAGCCCUUAAGGAACCAGAACGCAACAGAUCUCUGGACUGACUUCUCCCUCCCUUCUGUCAGACCUGAGGACACUGGGAGCUACAGAUGUACUUACAAGGACAGGACAGCCUCGGGUGCACAAUCAGAGACCAGUGAGGCCCUGGAGCUGAUGGUUACAGGAUCUCUGCCCAAACCUUCCCUCUCAGCCCUCCCAGGCCAGGUGGUGGAGCCUGGGAAACAUGUGACUCUCCAGUGCAGACAGCCACUUCAGCCAGAACUCUGGAGAGCGACAUUCAUUCUGCUGAAGGUGGGCAGCCUUCAACCCCUGCAGAGCCAGAGGCCUGUUGGAACUUCGGCUGUCUUCCCCCUCCUCUCCGUGAGGGCCCAGGAUGCUGGCAACUAUACCUGUGUCUAUAAAAAGACGUUUUUCCACCAGGUGUCUGAGCCCAGUGACGUCCUAGAAAUCUGGGUGACAGAUGCAUCUCCUAAGCCUUCCCUCUCAGCCUGGCCUGUCUCUGAGAUAGCCUCAGGAACCAAUGUGACCCUCCUGUGUCAGGGGCCUCCGUGGACUACCAGGUUUGUUCUGCACAAGGAGGGGAGCAUGGAUAUCAUUCAAGAUGAGGCCAAGUUCUUUUUGACCCGUGUGACUUCCAAGCACUCUGGCCGUUACAGCUGCAGCUACCAGCUCGGCACCAAUGGAAGUCUCUGGACACAACACAGCGACCCCCUGCAGCUUACAGUGAAAGUGUCCAGUAACACCCUCCUCAUCACCCUCAGUUGUGUCAUUUUCCUUCUCCUCUGCUUUCUCCUGUUGGUAUGCUUCUGUCAUCAGUACAUCCCUCGAGCAGCGGAUUUCCGUGGAAAUAGCUUUAGGAGGUUCUUCUGCUGCUCUUGUCUUUCUCAGGAUGUCUGUCUGUCCCAUCAUCUUGAGGACCCCAAAGAGGAGACACUGUAUACAGAAGUAGCCAAAGAGAGACCAAAGGAAUCUUCGGUGCCUAUAGAUAAAGAUGUGACUUAUGCUCAUCUGAACAUAAAAAACUUGAAUGAGAGGCAAACAAACCCCAAGGAGACAUCCACAGAAGCCACCCUCUAUGCUACCCUGUCCUUAGACUGAGAGUUUGGGUGCCUUUCAAAAGAAAAUUCUCUCCCUUCUCUUCUUCUUUCCCAAUCUCACAUGUCCACUAGUACAUCUUCCUGAUUCCCAUCGUUGAAAAGCCAUGAUGCAUAUUGGGGAUAACCACUAGAGUUUUGUAUUAAGAGCAUCUGUCUAUGAUGAUGAGAAACAUAAAAGAUAGAUAGAGAGGGUAGAUCGAUGGUAAUAAUUCCUAUCAUUAGUAGUUGUGGAGACCAGGAUAUGGUUUCUGCACUGCAUGGUAUUAGAACUGGGUUUUAAAGGAAAACCAGGCAAAUUAAGAAGCAGAUUUGAAGAAAGACAAUAGUCCAGGGAUGGGGGACAGCCACCACAAAGCCCUGAAGCUGAGAAACUAUUUUUUGUAAAGAUAAAAAAAAAAAAUCAGCUAUCAUGACUGGCUCCUAGAGUGAAAAGGAAAUGAUAUGCAAAAAGAUUGGGAAACAAGAAGCCACUCAAGGUCAAAUCCCAGUUGUUGUUGCUUUUUUAAAGGAAAAAAAAAACUUAUAACAAAUAACAUGUUUUUUAAUACCGAAGUCUUCUGGAGGCAUGGCUGGUCUUUGAAUUCUUCAGCAAAACAAUGUUUUCCUUGUAUAAAUUACCCUUCUGAUUAUGUUCACUUUACUCUGCACCAAUUCAUAUUACCCACAAUCCUCUGAAAUUAUCUCAUUUGCAGUUUUAUAUGAUACAAUAUCAUUCCUUCAUUUUCAUUUGGUACAGCUAUUGUCCAGUUUUUUGAUGGACAAUCUAGGUUCUUGUUCUUUUAUCCCCCCCCCCCAUAGGCUUAUUUUCAGGAUUAGGAAGAUAGAUUUACUAAUGAAUAUUUCACCUCAUUACUAUUAUUCUCUUCCUUACCCAUUCCACCCCAAUCCCUACUUAUUUUCCUACUACUAUAUUUGAUGUGUUUUUAAAUGCAAUUGUUUAUGUGUGUGUUUAAUUCUCAUUUGUUUAUAUAAAAAUAAGGUUCAUUUGGUGCUCAUUUAAUAACUACCCCUUCCUUCCCCAUGUCUAUAUUAACAUAUUCCUUCUACCUUUUCUUCUCUUCCACUUCUUAAAACUUUUAAAACAGUCUGCAUCCACAUACUGUGAUUUCUUAUUUAGCUCUAUCCUUUGAAUGCAUUAAGCUGCUGAAGAGGCACUUCUUUCCUCUCAUUUAAACAUCAGUGAGGGUAGGCUCAAGAUGAUAGAGUGAGAACUAGCAAUUGUAUCUCAGCUCUCCAUCCCCCCAAAAAAAUCUUGUCACAAUAACCAAGAAAAUAUGUCAAACCGAAGUCUAAGAAAACUCACAGUGGGCAUUUUUUCCCAAUAUGAAGAGCAUGGAAUAUUAAAACUCCAUCACCAUAAAAUCCCUUGCAAUUUCUUAAGUGAAUUUGUCCAUUUCUCUUUACUCUUGAAUUGUUAUUCAACUGUUGUUACUGGAGUUUUUGUUGUUUUUAUUCUAAAAUCUAUUUCAUUAAAAUUCACCAUUUUUACUUUAUAGGCAUAUAUUUAGUUUUACAUGGUAAAUUAUUCUGAAUUUCGGAGUUAGAGAUUUUUUGAAUAAUUUAUUUAAAAAUCUACUCUUAUUUUGAAUAGAAGCUCCUAUAUCUUUUGUGAUUCAGACUGAUUCCUUAGUAUCUCAAGUUCUUCCUUUAUUUUCCUUUUUUUAUGUUUUAUUUAAUUUUUAAUUUAUAAAAUUAAACAAGUAUUUUCAUAAAACACUAUAAUAAAAAUAUGAUUGUACAUGAAAUGGUAAGUCUGUUGUAUACAUUCGUUUUUCCUUUUAAAUAUCUAAUGAAGUUAUGUCCUUUUUUUUUUCUCUGCCUUCUAUCCUAGAAAAGGCUACCAUUAGACAUAUGUGUGUAUUUAUGUGUGCAUAUGUGUAAAAUUAUUUUAUAUGUGAUCUGUUUAUAAAUUCUUUGGCUGCAUAUAGCAUCUUUCUUCGUAUGCCCUUUAUAGGUAAUUUUGGUAUUUAUAAUAGUCAAAAUGGUUUAUUUUUUCUAUUUUUUAUAAUAGUAAUAGCUUUUUAUUUUUCAAAAUACACGUAAGGAUAAUUUUCAACAUUUACUCUUGUAAAACUUUUUGUUCCAAAUUUUUUUCUUUUCUUUUCCAUCUCUUUCCUCCCUUCAACAGCACGUAAUCCAAUAUUGGUUAAAUAUGCACAAUUCUUUUAAACAUAUAUCCACAUUUAUCAUACUAAACAAGAAAAAAACUGAUCAAAAUGGGGAAAACAAGAAAGAAAAAAAUCAAUUGAAUAACAAAAAAGGUGAAAAUAUUAUGUUGUGAUCCACAUUAAGUUUCAAUAGUUCUCUUUGGAAGCAGAUGGCUCUCUGCAUCACAUCUACUGGAAUAGGCCUGAAUCAUUUCAUUGUUGAAAAGAGCCAAGUACAUCACAGUUCAUCAUCAUAUAAUCUUGUUCUUGCUGUGCACAAUGUUUUCUUAGUUCUACUCACUUCACUUGUCAUCUGUUUAUGUGAGUUUCAUCAGGACCUUCUAAAAUAAGCCUAUUAAUCAUUCCUUAUAAAACAAUAAUAUUCCAUUACAUUUGUAUACCAUAACUUAUUCAGCCAUUUUCCACCUGUUGGGCAUCCACUCAAUUUCCAGUUCCAAUUCUGUAUUUGGAGAUCAAUUUCACCUGUAUCAUUGAAUAUCCAUCUUCUUCCCUGAAAGAUAUUGUUCAAUUUAGUUGGAUAAUUGAUUCUUGCCUGCAAUUCAAGUUUCUUUGCCUUUAAGCCCUUUGAUUAUUUAAGAUAGAAGCUGCUAGGUGCUGGGAAAUCAUGAUUGUGGCUCCUUGGUAUUUGAAUUGUUUCUUUCUGCGUGCCUGCAAUAAUUUUUCCUUGGUCCAAUAGUCCAAUAGUUUUGAAAUUUAGCUAUGAUAUUUCUUGGAGUUUUAAUUUUGAGCUCUCAGGAGAUGAUCAGUGAAUUCUUUCAAUGACUAUUCUACCUUCUGGUUCUAUGACAUCAUGGCAGAUUUCCUUGAUGAUGUCUAGGCUCUUUUUUUCAUCAUGAUUUUCAAGAAGUCCAAUAAUCUUUAGAUUGUCUCUCCUGGAUCUAUUUUCCAGGUCAGUUGUUUUUCCGAAAAGGUAUUACAAUGAGAAAUUACUUCUAUUUUUUUUUCUUUUUUUGGUUUUGUUUGUUGUUUUUCUACCUUUUUUAGUUGUAUGCCCAAUUUAUUUAUCUUUUUUCUCUGUUUUAUUCAAGUAAGAAUUUAAAGAUAGAAAAUUUCCUCCUGCUUUGACUAUUCAACAAACUUUGAUAUGUUGUCUCAUUACUCUAUUUUCUUGGAUGAAAUUAUUGAUUGUUUCUAAUAUUUGUUGUUUGACCCAACAAUUCUUAAGAUUAUAUUAUUUAUGUUUCAAUUAAUUUUGGUCUAUUUUUUCAUGGCCCUUUACUAGCCAUAAUUUUUGAUGCAUCAUGAUUUCAAAAGAAUUCAUUUAUUAUUUCUGCCUUUCUGCAGUUGGUUGUAAGGUGUUUAUGUCCUAAUAUAUGGUAAAUUUUUGUUUAGGUUCCAAGUAUCACCGAGAAAAAUGAGUAUUCCUUUCUAUCCCCAUUCAAUUUUCUUCAGAAUUCUAUCAUACCUAACUUUCCUAAGAUUCCAUUCACUUCUUUAACUUAUUUCUUGUUUAUUUUUAGUUACAUUUAUCUAGUUCUGAAAGAGAGAGGUUGAGAUUCUUCAUUAGUAUAGUUUUGCUGUUUAUUUUUUCCUGUAACUCACUCAACUUCUCUGAGAACUUUGUACAUAUGUGUUUAGUAUUGAUAACAUUUAGUGCAUAUAUGUUCAGCCCUGUUUUAUAUUGUACUCCAAGGCCAAACUUCCCUGUUUCAUUUCCUAGUUUAUCGUUCCUACAUUUGAUUUCCUACUUUAGUUUUCCAAUUCCCCGUGAUAAAUGUGGAUCUUUUGGGGAGGGUUAUUUCUAGAAGAUAUUGGAGAGCUGAUCAACUUUGGUUUCUUUAACAUUAGUAGUUGGAGCAUAGAACUGUAUGAUUAUGAUGUUGAAUAAUUUGUCUUGGAUUUAAAUAUAUCAUUUGAUCAUUUCUGAGAUUGUACCCUAGUACUGAUUUUCUUAUUUUAUUGACUAGUAAGUCUACUUCAUUUCUUCUAAUGAAUUCUUGAAUAAUCCCCAAAUUAAAAUCAUCCAUUCUCAUUCACUUAAGUUCACUAAGACCCAAGAUAUUUGUUUGAUUUUUUUUAUCUCCUAUGUGACCACAUCCAACUUACCUUGAUUUAAACAGUUUAUAUUUUAUGUUCCUAUGCAAUAUUGUUCCUCUCAAUAUUUCUCUUUUUUGCUCUUCCAGAGAGCAUGUUAUAUAACAAAAAAAUUUAAGUAACAAAACUAAUCAUUACAUUAAAAUAUCUGAAAAUGUGUGCAAUGUACGGCAACCACAAGGACCCUCUUCAAAGAAAUGAAGGUUGAGAUAUCUCAUUGUUCCUUUUUAAUAAUUUUGGUUGUUCACUUUUAAAAGUUUUAUGGUUAUUCUUUCCACUUCCAUAGUUUUGCUCAGUUUAUAUAUUGUUCUCUUGGUUUUGAUUACUUUAUUUUCAAUUAAACUAAUAAAUCUUGUCAUGAUGAUCUGUA